GAACAUUCUUGCUGUGUGGAUUCCUCAGAAAAAUUUGGUAAGAAAGAUACAGGCUACUGUGCUUAAAGCUCACUACACUUCUCUUCUUGGUCUGUUUUUUUUCUCUUGUCUUGUGCUCGGAAGCUUAUAGUCGGAUUGAAGUAAGGUGUACGCACUCACAGAUUUUGAUACUUGGAGUUGCAUCUUGGCAGAGCCAUCUUGCUCAGAAAUAUUUGCAUUAGCACCCCUGAAGAAACAACUAAGCUUCGAGCUUUUGAUCCAGAAUCACAAAGAUGGCUAAAUUUGAAGGUUAUUGUGUAACAACCCAGGAGAUUUUGGAAGAUAUUAAAGAUUCCAUAGCUACUCAGGAUCUCUCAUCAGCGGUGCACGCAAUCAAAGAAUCCCUUAAAAAACAGGAUCUUGUAGAGCUAAACAUUGGUGUGACGGGAGAGUCUGGUUCUGGAAAGUCCACGUUUGUUAAUGCAUUCAGGGGUUUAGGAGAUGAAGACGAGGACUCUGCUAAAACUGGUGUUGUGGAGACCACUACAGAGCCUGAGGUUUACCUGCACCCAAAAAUGAAAAAUGUAAAAGUGUGGGAUCUUCCUGGCAUUGGAACACCAAACUUUAAAGCUGAUGAGUACCUUAAACUGGUUCGGUUUCAGCGCUAUGAUUUUUUCAUCAUCAUUGCUUCAGAUCGGUUCAGAGAAUGUCACACUCAACUGGCCAAAGAGAUCACGAAAAUGAAGAAAACAUUUUAUUUUGUUCGUUCCAAGAUUGACUUGAGCAUUGAUGCUGAAAGAAGAAAGAAAAACUUUGACCUGAAAAAGACACUGAAUACCAUCCGAGAGAACUGUGAACACGGUCUGAGAAAGAUCGGUAUAGAGGAUCCUGUCGUGUUCCUGAUCUCUGGCUGGAAGCUCGGAAAAUAUGAUUUAAAUGCUCUGCAGGAGAGGAUGGAGAAAGAGCUUCCAGAGCAUAAGAGACAUGUGCUGAUGUUGGCUUUGCCGAAUAUCACGCUGGAGAUUAAUGAGAGAAAGAAGAAAGCUCUAGAGAAGAACAUUAAAAAGGUUGCCAUCCUGUCUGCUUGUGCGGCUGCUGUUCCUCUUCCUGGUCUUUCAAUCGCUGUGGAUUUAGCCAUUAUAGCAGCUGAGAUAAAGAGGUACUGCAACACCUUUGGUCUUGAUAAGCAGUCUUUGGUGAAGCUCUGUGAAAGAUAUGGGAAGAGAAUAGAGACUGUUGAGGAUCAGAUUAAGUCAGCUUGGUAUAAAGGAAUUUGCACAGGUACAAUCAUAACCAUACUAAGAGAGGUAUCCUUUCUGGCAACAGAAGAGACUGUUGAGUCUGUUGUUAGGUUUGUGCCCUUUUUAGGCUCUGUAGUGGCAGGAGCAAUGUCCUUUUGGGCUGUGUCAUCAACACUGAAGAGUGCUCUGAAUGACAUAGCAGAAGAUGCCAGGAAUGUGCUAAUGUUUUUGGUGGAGACUGAAGUGUAAUCAGACAGAUUCAAUGUACCAGCUAGUUAAAGUGGUUGCAAGGUGUAUAACCUUCAAUAGUUAAAAGUUAAUUAUUUUGGAAAGAACACAAUAGUUCUGGCACAUUUUAUACACAGAAUUUUAACAGAAAAUUCUGAUAACUAUUUAUGUUUUAUUGACUCAUUUUAAAAUGAGCAAUAUACUAAAUAUUAGAUACAAAAUAGUUAUUACUAAAUCAAUAUAUAUUCUCAAUAGUCAAAAAGUAACUGAAUUAAAACAAAAUGAUCAAACUGUACUAUGAAAACAUCCUGUAAAUUUCAGAAUUCAAAACUUUCUUGUUAGUCUAAGAAGAUCAACACCUGCUUCUACAUCACUACACACAAUUUGAAACAAAACGCAAUUUGGUAUCCCAAGUCUAUUUAAAUGGAAAAACCUGCACUCUCAGGACUGUUUGGUCAAUUUGUGUUUUUAUGACCUUUGAUGAAAUGCCAGGUUAGGAUGUUUUGGUUAUAGUAUCAGUAGGCACUGCUGGCUUUAUGGCUAAAUAUUGGUUUGAGACAUCAUUCCCAGAUGGAAACAUCAGACAGUAUUCUAAUGAUUCUGACCAGGGAACACACUUUAAUGGUCAGGUGUGUCAAGAAGUCUGUGGACUUCAUUGGAUUUUCAUAAUACCGACAAUGACAAUCAUCAUUUGAAAGUGGUAAUCACUCUCUGAAAUUAAACGUGGCAAAAUAUGGAAUGACAUACAUAACGUGGUAGAUGUCAUUCUAUUAUUUCUAUGCAUAACAUCAGUUUAUCAGCCCAGUUUUGGCUGAAGGUCAAAUGUUGCUGGUGGAGAUCAGGUGUGCACUUAAUUCAGAUGUUCUUCUGAUACAACGAUUAGUUUUAACUGAGGCAGUAGAAAAGGUUCAAAUUCAGGCUUUAGGACACAUGGAAACCUCCUUCAGAGGGGAGGCAGACAUAAAAUUGUGUCAAAAAUAACAGUUUAUCAUUAGCUACCCCUUCAGAUGCAGAAUAUGCAGAAUUAUUAAGCAUUUAAAUGGAUACAUAUUAGACAUUGUGACUUUUCUCAUUAAUUUUGAAUGAGACCAGGUGAAAUGCUGUAGGAUGAAGUCAUGAGGAAGAACCUUGUCUUUUAGUGACUUGGGGGCCAACCUCAUGAUGAACAUAUGGUGCGUGGGGGGCUACAAUGAUCAGCCUUCACCGGACUAGAGUUUAAUCGCCAGUCAAAUGGUGUCUAUGGUCUUUGUUUAUCUUUUGAGGUUAUAAUGGAGUCAAAAUAAUUCUGAAGAAGUUUGAGCAAUCUUUUCUUUCAAAAAGAACAGUCUCUGUUUUCCGUUUUGUUGUUUUUGUGUUUUCGCAGAUUAUUGUCAGUGACCUUUGAGAAAUUAGCUGAGAGGUUUGAGCCUUAUCAUAAAGACAAUAGUUUGUGUCGUCAAACAACAGCUAACAGAAUAACAGGAACUUCAGAGAAAGAGACAUGGAAGUUUGUGAUCUUCAAACUCAAGAUCUUCAAGAUCUUCUGGAAGAACAAAGCAAGCUACAGAGACAUUUCAAGAACAGGCUACAAAGACACUUCAAGAGCAGACUACUGAGACGACUCCUUGAGAACUGGCUAUUGAGACAUUUCAUGGAUAGAGGCAUUCUGAGCUACAAAAGAGAUAUCAAUCAUUUUAUACUGUUGUCAUGAGAUAAGCUAUAUGACCACUAAAUUUUAGAUGUUUUCAUCUAACUGUUUUGAAGUGUUGUGCUUUAUUUUUUAACACAUAUACAGGGGUAUUUUAAGACAUAUAUUGUCAUACAAAGUCAAUCAGGCCAAUUCAUGGGUGGUUUAUUAUUACCAUGCUGCAAGAUAUGGUCAAAACAUGACAUGAUGUGAU